AUGGCCCGUGUUUGCGACACAAUCAGGAACGACCACCUAGAGCUCGAGGCAUGCUACGAAAAGAUCGUCGGUCUCAUCGACCUAGACGAAAAGGUCGUCUGGCAGAACCAGUUUGCGUGGGAGCUUGCCCGACACCUACAUGCCGAAGAAUUGCUCAUCUACCCAGCCGUGGAAAAGAAAGUGCACAAUGGCAAGGAACUUGUGCGCCAAGACCGUAAAAAACAUCAGACUAUUAAAGAGAAACUCAAGAAGUUCCAAGACAUCAAAUCUUCUAAAUCUAGCUUCGUUCCCCCACUCCAUGAUCUCAUAAAAAGCCUCAUGCCACACUGCAAGGAGACUGAAGAAAACGCCAUCGCGGCCCUAGAACAACACCGAGCGAGAGUGCGUCGAUGA